AUGCCGUAUAUGUACAAUAUCACAAGCUGUGGACAGUAUGCUGCACAUCGACCUACUUACGAGAUCUGUGAAAAAUUUUACAAUCAGAGUUCUACAAAAGCAGUAUUGCGCAACGGAACAUUCAACGGUUAUCAGAAAUGGAUUGCGCCAAAGACUACGGAAUAUAGGAUUGAAGCAUACGGGGCAGCUGGAGGGCAGUUACCAAAGCAGACGAUUAAUAACUAUGGAGGCCGAGUGGUCACGGUGAUCAAUCUGACGACAGCGAUGGAGCUGGAUUUGCUAGUCGGCCAAAUGGGUGAAAGUCCGUGCGAUCAGUUCCAUGAAUCCGCUGCUGAUUUGAAAACUCACCAGUUUGAAGCAGUGAAAUAUCUGUGCAAAAAGGGGGACAGCAUUUGGGAUGAUGAUACAGCGACAGCCAAUGCAGUGAUGUUCCCUGGGACUGGUGGUGGCGGCGCAACAGUUGUUAAGCUUCACCAUAAAGUAAUACUGGUUGCGGGCGGUGGAGGUGGCAUUUUUCCUGAGCAGAUCGUCGAAUUAGAAAAGCCUGGAGUCAGGUAA